GUAGGCAGUGAUCAAAUCAAAUCUGUUCUCUGAAUCUCACCAUCCAUUCUUCCUUUCUCUGCGAAUUCGCUUCAAUUUCCAAAUCAAGAAACUCAAAAGAUGGAGAAAGCGAUCAACAGACAGAAGAUUUUGCUUCAUCAUCUCAACCCGUCAUCAUCUACCCACGCCAUCGAAUCAUCCUCUCUCUCUGCUUCAGCAUGUGCGGCGGGGGAUAGUGCUGCUUAUCAUAGGACAUCUACAUUUGGGGACGAUGUUGUAAUCGUGGCUGCUUAUCGGACUGCUCUUUGCAAAUCUAAGCGUGGUGGUUUCAAAGACACUCAUGCUGAUGAUCUACUGGCUCCUGUUUUAAAGGCUGUAAUUGAGAGAACCAAUGUCAACCCAAGUGAAGUUGGGGAUAUUGUUGUGGGUACUGUACUGGCUCCUGGAUCUCAAAGAGCUAGUGAAUGCCGAAUGGCUGCAUUUUAUGCUGGUUUUCCUGAAACUGUACCUGUUAGGACUGUUAAUAGGCAAUGUUCGUCUGGGCUCCAGGCUGUUGCUGAUGUAGCUGCUGCUAUAAGGGCUGGAUUCUAUGACAUUGGUAUUGGUGCUGGUUUGGAAUCUAUGACAGCGAAUCCAAUGGCAUGGGAAGGAUCAGUUAAUCCUAAAGUAAAAAUAUUUGAACAAGCACAAAACUGCCUUCUUCCAAUGGGUAUUACCUCUGAAAAUGUUGCACAUCGUUUUGGUGUUUCAAGGAAGGAACAAGAUCAGGCUGCAGUUGAGUCUCAUAGACGAGCUGCUGCAGCUACUGCUUCUGGUAGAUUUAAAGAUGAAAUUAUCCCAGUUUCGACCAAGAUUGUGGACCCAAAAUCUGGUGAUGAAAAACCUGUCACCAUUUCUGUUGAUGAUGGAAUUCGACCUGGGACAACAGUGUCUGAUCUAGGGAAGCUCAAACCUGUCUUCAAGAAAGAUGGAACCACUACUGCUGGUAAUUCUAGCCAGGUGAGUGAUGGUGCUGCAGCUGUUCUGCUUAUGAAAAGAAGUGUUGCACUGCAAAAGGGCCUACCCAUUCUUGGUGUAUUCAGGACUUUCACAGCAGUUGGUGUUGAUCCUGCCAUCAUGGGUGUAGGCCCUGCUGCUGCAAUUCCUGUUGCUGUUAAGGCUGCAGGUCUAGAGCUUGAUGAUAUUGAUCUUUUUGAAAUAAAUGAGGCAUUUGCUUCCCAGUUCGUGUAUUGCCGAAACAAGCUAGGGCUUGAUCCAGAAAAGAUCAAUGUUAAUGGAGGUGCAAUGGCAAUUGGGCAUCCUCUAGGUGCAACAGGAGCUCGAUGUGUUGCUACACUGUUGCAUGAAAUGAAGAAACGUGGCAGGGACUGUAGAUUUGGAGUUAUAUCUAUGUGCAUAGGUACUGGAAUGGGAGCAGCUGCUGUUUUUGAGAGUGGUGAUUGUGCUGAUGAGCUAUGCAAUGCCCGGAAAGUGGAUGACCUUCUUCUAUCCAAGGAUGCUCGCUAGAAAUCACAAUCACUGUUCUACAAUUUCAACCUUUCUAAGACCAGAAUUAUUUUAUCAUGUAUUUCUUUAAUUAUCAACUCUCUCUUCUCUAUACACUUAUCCACCCUGCUUUGCAUAUCAAGAAAAAUAAAAUUAUAAUUCACAUCAAAA